AUGCUCCCUACAUUACCAGCAGAGCUGCUGCUCUCGAUAGCAAGCUAUUUUGACAGCCACACAGAUACUUUGCGGCUCGCCUCCUGUUGUCGUGCUUUCUAUCCACUUUUGUUACCCAAAGUUUUUACUUCGCUCGACCUGAUAAAGCAUCGCAAUGGCCAUUUAAGUCAUUUAGUGCACACACUCUCAUCCAGGCCAGAGUUAGCGCAAGAAGUGCGCACGUUUCGUGUCUCCUAUGGCUGGCGGCCGACUUCCGGCGUGCGAUAUGAACGGCAGGUGAUCCUGCCGGUUCUGAAAUCAGCACUGGGACCCGCCGACGACCUAUCCGCAUGGGACUGGGAACUACAGAAUCGAGAGAAGAAUGACGCAUGGAAUGUUCUGCUUCUAGGACUCUUGCCUAAUCUGGAGAAUCUGGUCCUGCAGAUUUAUGAAUUUUCAAACCACACUCUCGAGUGGAUGGCUCAGAUCGCCGACGAAGAGGGCUCUGCUCUGUCUAAAUUAAGAAAUCUCACAGUUUUGUGUUCUGAGGUAGAUGGUGGCCUUAGCUCAUCGCACUUUCUUCCAAUCCUUCGACUUCCCUCGUUACGCCGCUUUUAUGGCCACGUGAUAUGCGAUGGUGGUACGUCUGAUGACGAUUAUGCCGAAGAUGAAGCUUUCAAUGCUGCCAGCUAUGUGCCUAAAAAUCUUCGAUACUCCAACAUCACUCAUAUCCACCUCAAGUCCAGUUGUUCUCGACGAGGCUUUGCGGAUUUGAUUGGUGCACCUAAGAGCCUCGAAUCUUUUAUCUUGGAGCAUUCCGAUAACCCGAAUUCCGCGGACCAGGAGGGGAUGUACGUGUCGAGAUACUGCCCGCCAUUGAAUAGACAUCAGAAGACCUUGCGGAAGUUAACACUUACCGACGAGUGCACCAACUAUUAUACCGCUCACCAGAGUCACGACUAUGGAUACGUCGGAUCAUUCGCGGGAUUCAGUGCGCUGAAGGAACUUCGGCUGCAGUUAUCUCAUCUACUAGACUGUGAUCGAGGCUGGAGUGACCGUAAUAAGACAUCAGGGAGGGAAUUCAGUGAUGUAUUGCCUCUGUCGCUGGAAAGACUCAUUCUUGAUGGUCUUGAGACGCAACAUACAACUGGACUAGUCGAGGCGUUCAAAGACCUGUUUUUAGGACAGAAGUACGGCUGUCCAAACCUGGCUUAUUUAGAGGUCAAGGGAAACUGGAUGCAUACCCAUCAGUCGACUGAGGAAUCUAACGCUAAACCUCGUCCUUUACCUGCCAUGUUAGAGCAGUUUGCGGACUUUAAGGCGGAACUUGAGCCUUUAUGUUCGGCUGUGGGGGUUAGUUUUCAUCUGCGUGAUUUGCAUAUUGAGUAUAUUAUCGAGCAGAAUCGUUCAUAUAUUUUAUAG